GGUAAGGGCCUUUCCCUUUGCUCGUGAGCAGCUCCCUUCUUACUAAGUCCUCAUUUGUUGGGGGUGCAGAUUGGUCCUUCAAGGCUUUCUUUCAGGACAUUUAUCCCCAAAUAGCCCUGCCAUUGACUUGAUCUACAUCUAUCAUUAUGCUGAGAAUUGGGAGUCAACACAUGACUUUGAGGAGAGCAAAGCAUUAAUUCUACAAGGAUGCAUUCAGCUACAGACAUCUCUGUGAAGAUGGUGAACAGAUAUAGACAUCCUCCUCCCUCAGUCAUGCAUGCACUCAGUACCACAGCAGAGCGUGGAAGGAGGCCCUACCCCACGGUGCUUCCCGUCCUGGGUGUCCUCUCUGAGGUUUCCUUCUCAGAAUUUUGUCCUUCACAGUGCAUUAUUUCUCUGUUGUUUCCCCCUCAGUCCAAGGGGUCGGCUCUGAAAAAUAUCCACACAAGUAACAUUAUUUAGACUGAACAUUUUCCUUUAAAGGUUUUUCCAAGUUGUGCUGAUAAUCCAUUGUUAUAUAUGAGACAGUCUUUUAAUCCAAUUUGCUUCUUUGAAAAUCAGGAUAUGCUUGGAGGAUUUUUCCAUGGCUCCAGUCUCCACUCCACGAAACACUGUGGAUUUGUAUAUGCCUGGGUGGGUUUGGGGCAGGCAUCUUUCUACAAAAUUAUAGCUGAGAGCUAUUAUGGAACUGAUGCCUUCCUUUAUUCAACCAAGCUCCAUUGCAGGUGUGGACAGAACGCAUCCCAAGGACACAGAGAAUCAAGAUGCAUGAAACCUGUCUGUGGACAAUGACUGGACAGGAGGGAUAAUUUCCUAUUAUGGCAAAAUUUGUGUUGCUGUAAUUCCAUUUUAGCUUCAGAGACCAAGGGGAGAAAUUACAGACUUCAGGUAACUGUGGAUUUUAGUCCUGACACUGAAGUUGAAGACCUGUGACACUGAGUUUGUUUGCUGAGAAGCACUACUAGUCCACAGUGAAAAAUGCUUUAAGGAAAUCCUAUAAGGCCAUGGGAGAGCUGCUGAGCUGGUUCAGUUGUAAAAAUGCUUGGCGUGUAAGGCUUCAGACUGGAGUUUGGACCCUAGAAACCCACUGAAGUACCAGCAUCUAUCUACAAGAACUUUUCUGCAAUGUCUUCAUAUAAUGCAGAUAUGAUAGGCUUAGAAUUGACCCUUCAUUAGACAUGAAACUUGGAACAACAACAAAAACCCCAUCAACUGUGCUCUUGAAUGUCACCCAGACACAGAAAGGCACGCAGCCAAGUUUCCCCAGCUCUUUGUCCCAUCUCCUGCUGUUGCUUGGAUAUUAGUUUAUCAACAUAACAAGUUUCUGCCACUACUGUGUGACCAGGGAACACUGCGAGAACACUGCCUUGGAUAUGCAUGUUUGCUUUUAAAACGAGGAACCACAUUGCAAGGUCCAUCUUUAAAGCUGGUUAAACAAGACGAAAACUGUUUUUGUUAUCCCUUGGAGGUACAAGCUAAAGAAAAAUGUGGAGAAACUUGAAAAAGCAGUACAAGAAUCAAAGUGUUCCACGAAUACCCCGCAUUCAAGUCCCCGCAGCGGCUGCUGACAUUUCGUUACUGAAGGACCUAAAUCAAGGCCAACAGCGUUACUUGUACAGCAUCAUGAGGAUUUAUGACUCCAGGCCCCAGUGGAAGGCCCUGCAGACCCGCUACAUUCACAGCCUUGGAUACCAACAGCAUCUGGGUUAUAUCACUCAACAGGAAGCCUUGUCUUGUGCUGCUGUACUUAGACAUUCAACCAUGCAAGCCUCAGCUAUGGUCGCUCCUCAAAGGACUAUUCUCCCCAAAGUCUUCAGCCGUGCAAAGAAUGUGUCAACCAGCAAAACCAGGGCUUAGAGUUGGAUCCAGAACCUCCAGAACAUCAUGCUGCAUAUCAAGACCCUAGACAAUGUGUAGUCUCUGAAGUGGGCAGUUCAGCUCCAUAUCCUUGGAAUUUUUGUGGUUCCGUGGUAUGCAUUUGUUGAGUGACAAUGAAUAAAAGAAUACUAAUGAAAA